AUGAGUGGAAGAAGAUACGGUGUGUACUGCACAGUACAUGGUUGUAAAAAUUCAACAAUACCAAAAAAAGUUAGUAUGUUUCGAUUUCCCAAGGAUCUUGAAAGAGCAAGGGAAUGGUUAUUAAAAUGUAAUCGUACCGAUCUCAUGAAUAAAAGUGGAUUGCAAUUGCAUAAUAAUUAUAGGCUAUGUGGUACACAUUUUGAGAAUAAAAUGUUUUUAAACGAUUUAAAAAACAGAUUGCAACCUUUAGCUGUACCCACUAUUUUUCCUACAUUGGAGGGUUCAUCAAAUACUCCAGUUAAAGAAUAUCCAGAUUCAGUGGAUUUUAAUGAAGAUCUUGAAGAAAAACCAGAUGUUCCAGCUCUAACAGUUAAGCCCGGAGCCGAGGAAAGAAGAGACAAUCAUUGGUUUAUCAGUGAAGAACUUAUUGAACUUGAAACCGACUUAAUUAAAAACGAAAUAUUUGAAGAAAAUGAUUUAAUUGAACAUGAACAAAUAAAAGAAGAGAUUCUAGAUGAAAAUAUCACAACGGAAUAUGAAAGGACACAUAAACUUAUUCACACGGGAGAAAUUUCAUGUAAAGAUUGUGGUAUGAAUUUUAUCCGACAAAACGAUUUAAUUGCACAUCAACGAAUUCACACUGGCAAACUUUUAGCAUGUGAAGUUUGUGAUAGAACAUUUUCCCGAAAAGGCGAUUUAACGGUACAUAAACUCGUUCACACUGGAAAAUUUUCGUGUAAAGUUUGUGAUAGGAAAUAUGUUCGAAAAAAUGAUUUAGAUAAUCAUAAACGUGAACACACUGGAGAACUUUCAUGUAAACGUUGUUCCAAAAAUGAUUUGAUGGAACAUGAACAAAUUAAAAACGAAAUUCCAGAAGAAAGUGAUUCAAUGAAGUGUGAGAAAACACAUUUAAAGAAACAGUUGGAGGAUAAAUACGAACAUAUUCAAUUUGAAGAAAAGUUCAUUCCAGAAGUAAUGAAAGAUGAAAAUGUUGUAGAAAAUCAACAGGCACUUACUGAAAAAAAUCCUCUUACAUGUAAUGUUUGUAAUAGAAAAUUUACUCGGAAAGGCGAUUUAAAGACACAUAAACUUAUUCACACGGGAGAAAUUUCUUGUAAAGAUUGUGGUGAGAACUUUUACCGCCAAAUCGAUUUAAUUACACAUAAACGCUUUCACACUGGAGAAUUUUUAGCAUGUGAUGUUUGUGGUAGAAAAUAUAUUCGGAAAGGCGAUUUAACGGUACAUAAACGCAUUCACACUAAGAAAUUAUUGUGA